AUGAAAAUGUUCGGUAAUGGUCUUGGUGAAUUAAAAUACAGAGCUUAUUCAUUUUUAAUUGAAUAAAAACUCUAGGAUAGGAUUUUAUUAAAAUUGAGUUAAUAAAUUUAAAAUAUAAAAAAAACGAUGAUGAAAAAAUCUAUAGAAUGUAAUAAAUCAAAUAAGUAUUCAAGUUUUUAAGAAUCUAGAUAUUUUUGGGUAGAACAUUCAAUUGAAUUUUAAAGGAUAGAAUUAAUACUAAACAGCAACUGGUGGAUUAUUCUCACUUGCUAUUAUUGCUAUAAUAGCAUUCUUUUUUUAACAGAAUAUCCUUAAUUUUUUGAAUAGAGUUGAAAUUCAUCUUAACACAUAGACAAUUUUUGAUUUCAACCCAGACAGUAUAUAAUUUAACGAAGAUAAUUAUAUGUUUGCAUUAGCAGUAGAUUAACCUAAUUUCAGUACUCUUCCUUUUUUCAAUCUAACUGUUAAAUAACGUAUAUAUACACGAUUCUCUAAUGGAAGUUUAAAUAAGCAAGAUAAUUUUAUUGAUCUUAUUCCAUGCACUUAAGAUCGAUUUUAAAAGAUAUUUAAAAAUUAGGAUUUUUCUACUUAAUUUUCAUAACUUAAACUAGAGGAAUGGCUAUGUCCUCAAUUAAAUUACUCAAUUAAAUUAGGUGGUAGUUUUACAAGUGAUGUCUUUGAAUUUGUGAAAAUAACUGUAAGUGAAUGUUCAAAUAAUUCAAAUUCAAAUUCUAUUUUAUCAUGGAAACCUUAAUGUGCCAGUACUUAGGCAAGAGAUCGCUAUCUUUAAUAAGAACGUUCAUUUAGAAUUAGAAUGUAAAUAUUAAUUAUUAUUUAUUUAGGUAUAUGACUAACAAUGUUAUUAAUCCAUUAUCAGUUUAAAAUGUAUCUCAAACUUUUUUAGAUGAUGAAUCUUAUUUUUCAUUUCUACUUUCUACAGGUACAGAAGCAGAUAUAUUUUAUUAAAAAUACAAUAUCACUACUGAUGACAAUAUUAUUCCUUUACUUAAAGAAGUAGAUGAAGAAGUAAUCAAUGUUAAAAGAGCAGGAGAUUUUAAAACUAAAAUUGUCUAAAAUAAUGAUUAACAAUUUUCAGCUAUUUAUUUAAGAAGAAGUCCAUAUACCUACAUUAUUAGACGAGAAUUAGAAGAUAUUGCUGAUUUACUCUCUUAUCUUGGAGGAUUUGCUAAUAUUGUUGCUCUUAUUUUUGGAAUCAUUAUCAAAUCCUAUAAUAAAUCAAGAUGUAUUUUAUAAUUAAUAAAUGUUUAGUUAUGAUUGAAUUGGCUAAUCAUGUAUAUGAUUUUCCUAAGAAGAAUAAUGCUAACAUGGCAGAAUUACAAGAUAGAAAAGAAAUAAAGAAAACAAUAGCAAAAGCAAGAGCAAAAAGUAAAACUAUUACUGUUAAAAAUUAAGAUUAAGAUUUAUAAUCUCCUCUACAAUCACUUAAACAUACAUAAAAUUAAAUAUUAUUUAAUGAUACAAAAUAAUAGGAAUAAUAAUAAAAUACAUUAAAAUAAGAAGAAACAUUUCAAAUCAAAUCAGAAUUAUAAACUACUAAUCGUUAAGAAGAAUAACGAUUAUUCUAAUAAGAAUAAGAAAAAAUUAUACAAAAAUUAGGAAUUCUUGAUCAUAAGAGCUACUUUACAAAAUAAAUCCAGAAAAUAUUAAGUAGAAGCUAACCUGUAUUAUUUAAUUGUAAAUAUUUACUCUCUAAGGUCUUUUGCUCUAAAUUAUUUUAUGAUCGUAACAACAUUCUAUUAUACAAAGCUAUGUAAUAAAUUAUAUUAAUGAUUUUAGAAAAAAAAUAAAUAAAGAUUUGGAUAUUUGUGUGAUUAUAGAUACAGUUAAAGAGAUAAAUUUAAUUAAAGAAUUAUUAUUAACUUAAGAUUAAUUAGUUUUAUUUGAUUUUGCUCCAAAAUAGGUAAUUAAUCUUUAAGAGGAUGAAUCAAAAAAUAUGACUAGUAGUUUAGUAAGAAGAACUUUGGAAAGCAUAAGAUCAAAUUCAAAUUCUUAAGAAAUUUUAUAAUAGAAUGAAACAAUUCAGGCUUAUUAUAAACUAUUUUAAGUAAAAGUAAAUUUAAUUAAUUCUAGGCCUAUGAUCACAUUCAUUAAUCAUUAUAAUAGAAUAAUAAAAUUAAUGAGAAAUUGAUUGAAAAAUUAGGAUAAGAAGUAAGGGAUAUCUUUGAAGUUUCACAUUUCAUUUAAUGGGAAAAUAAAUAGAUAAAAAGUCUAAAAGACGAUUUAUAGUGUGAAUCAAUAAACUCAGAUCCACAUUGUAUUCAAAAAAUUGAAUAAAUAAAGAUUAAUAUGAAUUUAAACACAUGA